AUGCCUUUUGGAUUGGCCAAUGCUCCAGCUACCUAUCAGCGGCUUAUGGAAGAAGUGAUGGGUGAGCUUCACUGCAAGAUUUGCUAUGUGUGCAUCGAUGAUGUCAUAAUUUUUACGAAGACUUAUGAGGAACACCUACAGAAUUUGAACCAAGUGUUUCAAAAGAUCUCUGAAGCGGGAUUGAAGUUGGCACCAAACAAGUGUUCCUUGUUCAAGAAGAAAGCAAAUGAGAAGCAACUUGAUGUGAAAUGUGCACAGAGGCAGCAUCCGGUGCUAUCCAUAUGGAUUCCACUUGUUGAGGCAGGAAAGAGACCUCUUCGCCAGGAGUUACCCAAUUCCCAGGAACACUCUGUCUUGCUUAAGAACUUCGACAAAUUGAGGAUGAAGGAUGGACUUCUAUACCGGGAAGUUACAAAGGAUGGAGAUACCAUUUUUCAGCAGAUUGUUCCCAGGUCCAGAGUUCCUAUUGUACUGUACUUACAAUGGUACAUGAUGACAUGGGUCAUCAAGGGCGAGACCGGACUUAAUCCAGGACAGGUUUUACUGGGUUGGAAUGACUAG